GUUUAGUCGCUGGCCAGCAGUUGAGACAGAAACACGAGUGCCCCCCACUGUUACAGAAUUGGGUUCGGGGGAAGUCGGGCUCCGAUUGAGACCAACGCUUAAAUCUAGAGUAAACAAUGGCCUCCACCCCGCUGGAAUAGGGAAACCAAUUUCCGUUCUAUAAGUGCCGUCAGUGAUCUUUACGAACAGCAUGGAGAAGUCGUUUCCCAUAUCGCCCUGGAAGUACGCCCUAUUUGCCACUUGCAUUUUGAUAGUGGCCUGCAAUGUCUUUUUCUUUUCCUGUGGCGUCGUCACCUGGGGCUCCGCAGCCUCCACCUUUGGCAGCUACACAACAGCGCUCAUUGGAGCGGCUGUCUUUGGCGCUGCCUUUCUCGGCGUCUAUGUGGCGCUCAAGGAGUCCUACAAGUACUCCGUAGUGUACAUGUUCGUCAGUGGCCUGGUCAUUGCUGCCAUGGCUGCCUACUUCUUCACCUUCACAGCCAUGAAGGGAGAUUUGAUGGCGCACUUUGACGAGCGCAUCCUGCAAUUGUUUGAGGAGAAGUCACACAGCAAUGACAAAAUGCAGCCCAUCCAUAGCCUGUUUAGCUGCUGUGGACUGGACGGACCGCAGGACUAUCUUGGCGAGGAGAACGGCGCCUUGCCGGCCAGCUGCUGCUAUGCCUUUGACUGCUCCAAUCCCACGCAUGUCUUCCAGGAGGGCUGCGCCACCAAAGCCAAUUCUAAUUUGAAGAUGCAAGCGAAUAUUAAUUAUUACUGCUGCAUGGCAAUUAUUGCGCUGGAGUUUAUGGGCAUUCUCACCGCCUACUACAUGGGUCGCGCCCGAAAGUAUGCCAAGACCAAGAUCAAGGACGAUGAGAGCCACAUCAACGAUUAAGUGAAAAUGCCAUAGCCGGCCUAAACCCAGCAUAAACGAUAGUUAUAUAGAUAAAAGCUCUAUUUAUCCAUUUAGCGAAUUUGCCACUAGAGAAUAAAACACUUUCCAUAUGCUAAAA